AUGACAUUUUUUCAUUCAUUUACGGAUAUUUUUUCUGCACAUCUGCACGCAUGUAGUUUCAAAAGUGAGGUUCACUCACGGAAUCGGGAUAAAAGCUGCCCAGGUUUACGUGCAUAUGACUCAUAUAAAGUUGGUGACAUAGGAGGCGUAAUCGUCUUGUUUUUUCUGUCCUCAUGCAUUCAGUCUAGCAUGGGAUAUGAAUGUCCAGAAGACGCUACCGUAUGUGAGACGACGUUAGUUAUUGAACACAAGCUGACCAUGAUGCAUCGAAAGGAAAAGAAGGUUUAUCCAUAUAAGGGGAAACUGUAUAGAUAUGACAUUUCUGAACCUGACACUGCAACCCCUGUUCCCACUGAUGAGGUCAUGACCGCUGAUGGCUGGGAGGAUGAUCGGUUAGUAGUUGUUGCAAAUGAAAGCCUCCCAGGACCCGAUAUUAUUGUUUAUGUGGGUCAAAGGUUAAAGGUUCACGUCGUCAACAAACUUGCUUCGGACUCUGUGACAAUCCAUUGGCACGGUAUUCCUCAGCACAGCAGCCAGUGGAUGGAUGGCGUCCCUUACGUAACCCAAUGUCCAAUCCUUGCCGGCCAAACCUUCACAUAUGACUUCAUUGCAGAACCCAAAGGGACUUACUGGUACCAUUCACACACAGGUGCUCAAAGAAGCAAAGGAUUGAAUGGCGCAUUUGUUAUAAAAGAAAAACAAUCAACGAUGGCAGAACACAUCAUAACUGUUCAAGGUUGGAAUCACUACUGGGAUGCCGAUAUGGGUCAUCAGAAAAUGAACUUUGGAAGUUUUGUGAAUCGUGAAGAACAGUCUAUUUCUGAUUCUAUCGACGGAGGCCAUUUCAGUCGAUUUUUCUUGUCCUCAGUUUUAAUUAAUGGUAGAGGGAGAUAUUACAGUAAUAUCACAACUGGAGAACACAAUGAUGCUCCUCUCUCUGUUUUUAAUGUUGAUCCAAAACUGACCUACAGAUUUAGAGUCAUUCAUGUCGGAGCACUUUAUCCCAUUCGAGUCUCUAUCGACAACCAUGAAUUGACAAUAAUUGCGUCUGAUGGCUUUGAUGUAAAACCUGUUGUUGCAGAAUCGUUCAUCAUAAAUCCUGGAGAGAGAUAUGACUUUACAUUGACUACAAAUGAAAAUGCAGAAAAUUACUGGGUAAGAGCCGAAACUUUGGAAGCAGAAGUUACACACCGAGCUGAGGCAAUACUGCAUUAUAGUAACGGACCAAACCCUGAACAGUUACCAACAACAUCAAGGAGAGCCUGUUUUGCUACCGAAAGAUGUCUGGUCGUCAAUUGUCCUUUCACGACCUUCCCAGCCAACACACAUACAGACUGCCUAAGGUUCGACGAUCUAAGAUCUUUGCCAAACAACGACCCUGCACCUGUUCCGACAUCCCCUGCUACAUUCAAAGAGUACCAUCUGAAUUUUGCUUUUCCUGGAACAACGCAAUUUCCUUCCACGAUUAACGGAAAAAAGUUUAAGUCUCCACAAGUAUCGGCUCUGACACAACCUUACGAAAUCGAUUCAACUUGCGACAAAGCAGACUGUGGGGAAGAAAGGUUAUGUGAAUGUACACACUCAUUAAGCAUUCAACACAAUGAUGUUGUUCAGUUGGUGCUGACCAAUAUGGGAGUUGGCACAGGUUGGUCACAUCCUGUUCACCUACAUGGUUAUUCUUUUUAUGUGGUAAAAAUGGGCUAUGCAACCUACGAUAUGACAACCGCUAAAUUCAUAUCCCAAAAUACAGAUGUCGACUGUAGGGGAAAUGGCGAUAUGACACAAAGUUUCUGCAACAACGCAACCUGGAGGAAUCCUAGUUGGCUGGGAGACAACGUACCUGGACUUGAGUUGGCAAAUGCUCCCAGAAAGGACACGUUGAUAGUCCCUAGCGGAGGAUACGCUAUUAUUAGGAUCAAGGCCGACAACCCAGGUGUAUGGAUAAUGCAUUGUCAUAUCCAACUUCAUUCCGAGGACGGAAUGGUCAUGCUACUUAACAACUCUUAUGACAGACAUCCGUCACCGCCUAAGGGGUUCCCUAUCUGCCAUGGAUAUCCAUCACAGUAUCGGGAACAUUAUGAGGACAGCUUAAAGAUAACACCAGCUCCUGAGGUAGAACUGGGAUACGGAAUGAAGACAUUUUGGAUCAUGUUCACGGUUCUUGGUUUGAUAAUUCUGCUUUCUAUAGCUUAUAUUCUUCAUUUGCGGAAGGAGGUUAAGGAGUCCAAGAAAAAUCGAAAAUCGAAUUACUUACCAGACAACACACAACAAACUACAGGCGGGAAAGACAACCCAGCAUUUACAACCGUAACGAAAUAUUAA